AUUUAUUGUUGUAGAAAACCUAGGUCAUUUCUUUUCCACACUUUUAUCAGUUACUACAAAUCUUCCACUGGUCUUUGAGAAUCUCUGCUCCCAUCAAUUGUUAGAAUUGAAAAAAAGAAAUAAAAAUGCCCUUGGAAGGGAUUUUCAUGGAGUCGAAUUCAAAAGCAGCUCCCGAUCUAUCUCUCCAAAUCAGCCCACCAAACGCAACUCCACCAACAAUCUGCAACACUAUGUCCGAUCUAGCAAAGAGCUCCGGCGGCGAGGCGCAGAGAGGCGGCGGAAUUCGAUACCCACAAAACCCUUACCACGGCGUCUCAGUUCCCAUCAAGGGCAUCCCGGUGUACCCGAACCGGCCCUUCCCAUUCUUGCCGCACGACGCCAAGGAUCCAAAGAUGUGCUUCUAUCAAAUGCCCUACCCGUCCUCGCCUUACUUGCUGGAUCAACAACAACAUAUGCCGUUCCUGGGCAACGCCUCCUCCUCGUCGUCGCUGCCGCCCUACAGGACAGCCAGGUAUAAUGGCCUCACGCCGUCGUAUCAUCACGACCCUUCUUCUCCUCAUGGGAUCAUCAGAUCCAGGUUUCUGCCGCGCCUGCCGGCCAAGCGCAGCAUGAGAGCGCCGCGAAUGCGCUGGACGAGUACGCUCCACGCGCGCUUCGUUCAUGCAGUUGAGCUCCUCGGCGGCCAUGAAAGGGCUACUCCGAAGUCGGUACUUGAGCUCAUGGAUGUCAAAGAUCUCACUCUAGCUCAUGUCAAGAGCCAUUUGCAGAUGUAUCGAACUGUUAAAACCACUGACAAACCUGCAGCUUCCUCAGAUGGGUCCGGCGAGGACGAUCUCGGCGGCGACGUGGCGGGACUGCGGCUGUUCAUGGAUCAAAGAGGGCUCACGUCCGAUGAAUCUUCGCCGCAAGAUGCUGAGUAUCCAUCCACCGCCGCCUCUACAUUGUGGAGCAACUCAUCCAGGGAAUGUUGGGCACAAAAUAAUAAUGUUGGUGAAUCACAUGGCCUCGUACGAUCAUCAUCAUUUCCAUCUGAUUCAAAUGCAUGUCCUUUGAUAGAGGAGAAUGAAAGCUCGUGUCCUAAGAGCUACGAGAUAUUGGUGAAUGAAAAUUAUAAGAGUCCGAGCCUGGAGUUCACGUUGGGGUUGAACAGACCAAAUUGGGAUGAGAAAUAGCAAAAUAAUUAGCUAGAGGCAGUUUUUUUCUCAUAAAUAUCUAUCUCCAUUUUGAAAUACAUAUAUAUUGAUCCUUCAAUUUAAAUUUGAGAAGGCAAUAUAUUGCAUAUAUGAAGAGGCAGUAGGAUUGCAGUGAAGAAGAUGAUUAUUUUUUUUUUAGAAUAUAUCCGAGCAUUCAUGUGUUC